GAAGGCGCCUGUGUGUUCGUCAUCAGGGUAUCUCCGGAAUUGUCUGCUGGGACUUCUGGAGACCCGGUGAGAGCUGGAGCCGUGGCACUGAGGGCUGAGAGCUGCGAACGCCCACGCCGAAGCUGACGGCCUAGUGCUGGGAUUACAGAUGUGUUCUCCUGCAUCCAGCUUUUUGCAGGUUCUGGGGAUUGAACUCAGGACAGCAGGCUUCCAUGAUGGUGAAGCUCUAACAUUUCUACAGACCCAGUUCUGAGACUCCAGCCAUCCCGUGUCUCACUGAGUGCAUCUGCCCAAUGGCCAUCCCCAAGUGCCCUCUGAGCCCAGUACUCUGGGAACAGGACAGCUUCCUUCAGGUGAAGGUGAAAGAGGAGGAAGAAGCUAACCUCUGCCAGAGCCAGGGAUGCAGCCCUAACCCUACUGCCCAUCCUGAGGCUGCACGCCUGCGCUUCCGGCACUUCCGUUACGAGGAGGCAUCCAGCCCCCAUCAGGCGCUGGCACAACUGCGAGAGCUAUGUUGCCAGUGGCUGAGGCCAGAGUCGUCCUCCAAAGAGCAGAUGCUGGAGUUGCUGGUGCUGGAGCAGUUCUUGGGUGCACUGCCCCCUGAGAUCCAGGCCUGGGUCGGGGCUCAGUGCCCAAAGAGUGGAAAGGAGGCCGCCAUUCUGGUGGAGGAUCUGACUCAGUUGCUGGACAAGAGAGGGUGGGAACCAGGAGAGCCACACGAAGAGGCAAGUUGUAAACAGAGCAGCACAGACGAGUCACACCCACCAGACGUGGCCACUGAAACACCCGCAGGAGUCGUUUCCCCAAAAUCCACCUUUGCCCACACUUGUAAACCUGAGAGCAGCUCUGCGAGCCAGCCAGAGCUCCUAGGAGCACGCUGGAUGAAGCCUGCUGCCCAAGAGAUGGAUUUCAGAAAAGACCUGGGGUCUCACAUGGGUGCCCCCAAAGACCAGCCUGCCUAUGAGUCUGACGUCUCAGGAAAGAGUUCCAAACCGUGGCCCAGCUUCCCUUCCCAAGACAAGGCUUCUUCGGAGGAGAAACUUGGCCCAUCGUAUGACUAUGGGACAGUGCCUCCAAGUACACACUCAGAAAAGAAGCCCUCCACGUACGGUGAAUGUGUGAGAACAUUCCAGAAUACGUAAGCCCCGGAGGCCCACCAGAAGAGCCCCUCUCAGAAGAUGCCCUAUGCCUGUGUCGAGUGUGGGAAGGCUUUCGGUCGGAGCAACCACCUUGCCCAACACCAGGUUGUCCACACAGGAGCAAAGCCCCAUGCGUGUAAAGAGUGCGGGAAGGCCUUCAGGCGAGUCACCCACCUGACGCAGCACCAGAGGGUUCACACUGGGGAGAAGCCCUAUAAGUGUGAGGAGUGCGGCAAAACCUUCAGCCGCAGCACCCACCUCACCCAGCAUCAGCGGGUGCACACCGGGGAGCGGCCUUAUGAGUGUGACCUGUGCGGCAAGGCCUUCAGCCAGAGCACCCACCUGACACAGCACCAGCGCAUCCACACCGGGGAGAAGCCAUACAGGUGUGAGGUGUGUGGGAGAGCCUUCAGUGACUGCUCAGCUCUGGUCCGGCACCUGAGAAUCCACUCUGGAGAGAAGCCCUACCGGUGUAAGGACUGCCCAAAGGCCUUCGCGCAGAGCUCCUCCCUCAUUGAGCACCAGCGCACGCACACGGGAGAGAAGCCCUACAAGUGCAGUGACUGUGGGAAGGCCUUCAGCCGCAGCUCAGCUCUCAUGGUCCAUCUAAAGAUCCACGUCACUGUGCUCUAGUGACCGGAAGCACCACAGCACAGCCUCCCUCAGAGAAACCCUGAAUUCCACAGGAGCCAGGAACCCCACUGGUGGAUAACUGUGUCACCCAGUGUCCAAUGGCAGACUGGGGCCAUCUGGGAACACCUCUACAUUUGAGGUCCCAGGUGAAGUCCCCUAAUGAGCAUAGAGAUUCAGCCCAAUCGGUGGAACUUCCAGAAGCUUCCUACUGCCUUUUCUCUCCCACUCAGGCUGGUCCCAGAGAAAAGAUAACCUGAGCUAAAGAUGUGCAUUGGUUCUUGGAACCAGAGCAAGUAGAGCUGAGUGUCUAUGUGGCUCAGUCACCUCUAGCUGAUCCUCUAGGUAGGAAGGCCCGAGCUUCACAUUCUCACACGGCUACUGUUCUUGCCAGUUCCUUUGCUGUCCAGCCUAGAAAGGAUGCCUGCCAGGCUCACUCGGUGCCUUUCUUCCUGCUUCCCCACCAUAUAAGUGUAUACCAACACCAAGACACUUGUGAGGCCGCCUCUCCGGUGAAGCCUCCUCCGUGCCGGCCCACUCAUGCCUUCCCUGGCUUCACUCCCAUGGUGCUUGACACUUGCCGAGUAUUGUCUCCCUUCCAGACUCCAGCCCUGUGGAUUCACCUCGGGCUCACCUCUGAUCUAGCCCCUCCUCCCGCAUCACCUUCCGUGAGCUCUCGUGGCCUCCCACUGGAUUUUGAUCAGGGCUCUCCUUUCUCACUCCUUCCGGCCUUAAUUCCAUCCCCACCCACUUUCUUCCUGCUGAGGCUGUUUUUGCUGCCCAGUCAUCCUGUGUCACUCCAGGAUAGGAAGCUGCCCGGUGAGUCACCUUUUCAGCAAACUUUGGUGAAUGAAGUACAAGUCACUUCGGCCCAAGCAGUUGUUCUGGUCAUCCUCAACUGUGUAUGUGAAUGCUUGGUUUCAAAGUGCUGGUCUGCCUGUUGGGCAAACUCCACUCCUUGCCUGUUGUCUGUGUUUGCUGCAGACCUGGCCUCCUCUUGAGCCUUCCACUCCCGUAGCCUCACCUCCCACAGGCCUGCCAACUUUCUCCCGCCUGUGCCUUCCUGCCUGUCCCUGGAGCCCUGAAGCCCUCUGUCCUCUGAUGCCGCAGCUGUCCUUGAGGAGCUUCCCCAGCCAUUCUGACCUGACCCUCCCUUGCUGCUGUGGGGCCCCAUUCACGCUGUCUUAAACCUCUCACCCCUCUCACCAUGUCACUGUCCUUGCGCUUCUUACAGAAUGCACGGGCCAGUGCGCCCAAGGCCACAAAAUAGUUCCUGCUGUGGACAGGGCACAAGAUGCACAGACCCUUCCCUGUCAUCCACCCAGAACAAAACAUGGCUACACCGAGUCUUCCUCAAGCCCUGGGUGCCAUAGACUUAGCAUAGACUUAGGGGGUGCCAGCACUCUGCCAAUUCUAAAAUCAUAACCUGUUUGCUCUGCCUGACUUCCUUUCCCUCAGAAAGAGGAUCCCCUGGUUCUUUUUUUUUUUUUUUUUUUUUUGGAUUUUCGAGACAGGGUUUCUCCAUAGCUUUUGGUUCCUGUCCUGGAACUAGCUCUUGUAGACCAGGCUGGCCUCAAACUCACAGAGAUCCACCUGCCUCUGUCUCCCGAGGAUCCCCUGGUUCUUGUGCCUCUUGACAAACAUGGGUGACUUCACAAGGUCCUCAGUCAAGGAUCUAUGUGAGCUACUGUAUCUAGACCCAUUAGCAUAAUACACUUUGUUUUCCUGAGCCUCCUGUGUCUGCUCUUGUGGCCUCACCUGACUAUCACACACAAGAACAUAGACCAGGAGAGUUGCAAACUGGAGAAUUUCAAUAAAAGUACUGAAAUUCCUACCACAUGGGUGGAAGCUGCAAACAGGUUGGGCUGCUCCAACAAUUGCAUUUGCUUCUGUGUGGCCACUAGGGAGGGUCCUCCUAGCAAAGGUUAUACUACAGGCCCACAGGCACGGCUACUCCAUGGAGGGUUUAGAUGCAGGGCAAUUAGGUAGGACUGAGAACCCACCCCCAGCUUGCAGGGUUCCUGGUCCCUGUGUAUAUGGUAUAGCUGCGCCCUGCUAUACGAAGUUCGCACACACAGGCCUUCUCUUCACAAGAUGUCCGUGAUACUGAAAUGGACAGUUCAGGCCAGCUGGCACCCACUGGGCUCUGAUCUCUAGAAUACAAAGCUGCCAGGUCUUUAGGCCCAAGCUCUCAGACCCAGGGCCAAGAGCCGUAACGCAGACUGCUGUGGAGGGUUAAGGAAUCCCAAUACCUAAGAUUGCCUGUUACCCACAAUGCCCAUUGCCACUGAGAGCUGAAGAAUCCAGACGUAGGCCAACAGGAGAGCUCGGCCGCUAGAGAAGCGGCCAGGACUGGAGAUACUCAAGGUCUUCACAAGGAUUAUACCACUAGGGGGCGCCCGUCUGCUGCUGUUCUCACUCGCGGCUUGAGCAGAGGCGGCAGGCAAGCACCAAGGGAAACCAACGCUACCAAGACCAACCAGCACUAGCCUAACCACGAUUCUGUCUGGGUAAAACAAGCAGCACAGAUGGCUGAUGGUUAACACAAAAGUGCCUAGUCCCAGGCAGCCCCACCUCUCUAGGCACAGAUCAACUUUACCCCAAUCGACAGCUCCCAAGCUCAAGCCUAGGUUGUCUGUCCUACUGUAUACUCAC